AUGUCCGACUUCAACGGCCGCCGGGCCCCCAACUUCUCGCAAUAUCUCAAUGAUUUGAACGCCAUUCCGUCGCCCUACGAUCAGGCUGUCCAGCAACAGCAACAGCAGCAGGACUCGUUCAACCUCGAUGCGGACCUUUCCCUCUUUACCAACGCCGAGUUCUUCGAUUUCGACAAGUUUGGGGAUCUCAAUCUGCCUGCUUUCGAUGCCGUGGAGGAUGAGAACUUGAAGACGGAGAACAAGCAAAAUGUUGGCCAGAGAUCGGACAUGGAAUUCUUGGACCUUCUCGGUGGUGAGGGCUUUGGCAACAUGCCGGAGUAUCCAGCACCUGAAUUUGGUUCCGUGAACCCCCAGUCUCAGCAAAACUCGUUGCCCAACUUCUCCGCGAUGCCCCAGCUGCCUAACGGGGGCUACAAUGCUACCCACAGCCCGAGCCAAUCGUCUGCCUCGUCGCCUCCUUCUGCAACCCCGUCGCAAGCUCCUGCUUCGGCUCCCACGCCUGCCGCCAGUACGCCUACCGCAGGACCCAAGCGCAAGAACACGCAGAAGACACCCACUGUUAGCGUUGAGGAGGCCGCGCGCAAUGCCGCCGAGGAAGACAAGCGCCGACGAAACACGGCCGCAAGCGCUCGAUUCCGUGUGAAGAAGAAGAUGCGCGAGCAGGCUCUAGAGAAGACCGUCAAGGAAACCACCGACAAGAACACCGCGCUGGAGGCGCGCGUAACGGCACUGGAACUGGAGAACCAAUGGCUGAAGAACCUGAUCACCGAAAAGAACGGCCAGACGGCUCAGGAGGAAAAGAAGUCCGAGACGGACAUUGCAAACAUGUUCAAGAAGUUCCUUGCGUCUCAGAAGGCCAAUACCGACCGGAGUAGUUCUGAGUCGAAGAUCGGUGUGGGCACUGCCUAA